GGAGUAAUUAUAUGGGUCAACUGGGGAAAAUAUCAUAACAGAUUGUAAUUGAGGAUUUGAUUGUGGAUAUGUUGAGUAAGAGAAUGAAUGUUCUGGUAUGAUUGAGUGUGCUGGUGGUGUUGUUUGAUUAUAGUCAUGGGACAGCUGGACGGAUUAGAAAAUGGGCCUGAUCGGCCGCUGAAUCUGAGGAAAUAUAAGUAGGAGCCUAAUUGGCCGCCGGCAGAAUACAAAUUGGGCUUUGAUCGGCCUCUAGACCCCAGAAAGGGGCCAAAUCGGCCGCUGGGUCCUAUGUCGGGAAAAUGUGAUGCUUUACUCUGCUUUUGCUCUGCAAGAAAGAAAGGCAUGACAGGAAAAGCAGGAAAGGAGAAGGACACUUCAACACGAAUUCUACAUAGGAUGAGCACUUCAAAUAUAUAAUACUAUAUAUCCCACUGCAUAUCAGGAGCAGGCAAAAUUUCACACUUUAAUUAGUUUGUAGAUUAAAUAAUCGACCAAAUGAUCUGAUCACAGUUCUUUUUUUUCUCUAUCAUCAACAGCAUGUUUUGCUGUACGAGUACUCUGUUUGCAUCUGCUGUUUUGGUAGGCAGUCUCUGCAAUAGCCUCUUUCAUUAUCUCUGUUUUCAUCGGAACCCAUUUUUUCUUUAAGAAGAGACUGCAAAAUCCUAGUUCCGGCAGGAAGAAAGAAAGCAAGAAAGAGAAGAUGGCAAGGGAGAUGCUCUCACGGUAGAGUGUUCCAUGGGAAAAGGAAUCGACUCCCGGCAAACAUCAAUGAAAUUUGCUGUCCUAUUUCGUUAUAGCCAAUUUGCUGUGAUAGGAGUCCUGAGCUACCCUUCUCUCUCUGUCUGCUGGCAACAAGAAAGGUAAGGAGAGGAAAUUACAGGACUGGUAUGCUAUGGCAUCCGACAGUCAUCCAAGGUACCGUGCUUUGGUUAUUGCUGCAAUCUGUGCGACAACAUCGGUCCUCGUGGCUGCUUUCCUUGGAGCUCGUAAGAGAUGGCAUAGUGGCAAUUCCAGCAGGAUGAAUGUGAACAAUUCGCAGCAGCAGCAGCAUCAGCAGGAGGUAGAUGGAAGCCACGAUGUUCCAUCAUCCGAAUCCUCAGAUGAUCCAGCGGCGGGCCACGAGGUUGAAGUAUUCCUGAGCUUCAGGGGGACCGACAUCCGGAAGGCAUUCACAGACUACCUCUACCAUAGCCUCAUUGACGCUGGGGUCCGCACCUUCAGGGACAAUGAGGAGCUCCGUGCAGGGGAGGAGAUCGGCCCUGAGCUCAUGAAAUCAAUCAGGCAGUCAAAGAUUGGGAUCCCCAUCUUCUCCGCGGAUUACGCUUCGAGCGAGUGGUGCCUCAUGGAGGUGGCGGAGAUGGUGAAGUCCAUGAAGGAGAGCAAACAGCUGAUCAUGCCAUUAUUCCUGGAUGUAACGCCUGACGAGGCCCAACAUCAGACGGGCAGUUACGCCAAACCUUUCUCCCAGCAUGAGAAGAGGUUCGGUCAGGAGAAGGUCCAAGCAUGGAGGGAUGCGCUGAAGGAAGUCGUGAAGCUGAAGGGUCUGGAACUUAAUAAAGUGGCAAACGGACAUCAAGGUGAAUUCAUAAAAUUAGUUGUCGCAAAGGUCAUUAGAGAACUGAAGAAGUCUUACUUGGAAAUGGGUACUGUCCUGGUUGGAAUAGAGGAUCGUGCGGAAGAACUUGUGAAAAAAUUAGAAGUUGGCAUAGACUAUCAUGUUCAGGUAUUUGGGAUUUGGGGCAUGGGUGGCAUAGGGAAGACAACGCUAGCCAAGUUUGUCUACAACCAAAUCGUAGACAAGUUUGAAAGUAAUUCUUUCCUUAAAGAUAUCCGAGAAACAUCCCGGUAUCCCAGAGGCCUUCAAUACUUACAAAGUAAAUUGGUCUCCGACAUAUUAGAGCUUGAGCCGCAGGACUAUGCUACUGUAGAGGAAGGAAUCAAUGUGCUUAAGGAAAGUCUUCGCCAAAAGAAAGUCCUGAUUCUUCUCGAUGAUGUCGACCACAUCAACCAGAUUAAAGUUUUGGCAGCUGAUGUUGGUUGGUUUGGCCGAGGAAGCAGGAUCAUCAUCACUACCAGAGAAAAGGAUGUCCUUGAACAAUUUCAAGAACAAGAUUUGUAUGAAGUCCCAUUACUGGAUGAAGGUCAUGCUUUAGAGCUCUUCUGCAUGCACGCUUUCAGAAAUAAGUCACCCAGACCUGACUUGGUCGAAGAAGCAUUGCAGAUCGUGAACAUAACUGGACGGCUUCCUCUGGCUCUUGAGGUCAUGGGAUCAUUCUUAUCCGUCUAUGGUGGAAAGAAGGAUAUGUGGCAUGCUACAAUAGAGAAGUUGAAAUUUAAACUUGACAUGUUCGACAUCCAAGAUAAGUUGAAAAUAAGUUACGAGUCGUUAGAAUGUGAGCAAAAGGAAAUAUUCCUUGACAUUGCAUGCUUUUUCAUCGGAAUGGACGUCAGGCUAGUGAUUCCUAUGUGGAAAGAUGCUAAAUUAUCCCCAGAAGUGGGAAUCGAGAUCCUCCAACUAAAGUCAUUAAUUAAAAUUGGAGAGGACAAUACAAUAUGGAUGCACGAUCAACUCAAAGAUCUCGGCAGAAGUACAGUUGAACAACAAGACAGAGAACUGGGAAGGAGGAGUAGGCUGUGGCACGGUGAAGAUGCAUUUGAUGUGUUAGUGGAACAACAGGGAACAUCAAAAGUGGAAGCUAUCAGUCUAGAAGGAUAUGAUUUCAUGGAGGAAGAAGAUUGCCUUAAUGAUGACAUGUAUAGGAAUCUGUCAAGGCUAAGAAUUCUGGAACUAGCCAGUGCAAGGCUCGAUGGCAACUUUCAGGGUCUUUUCCAUCAGCUGAGAUGGUUGAGUUGGCAUAGAAAGAACAUAUCUCUGCCGAGGAAUUUAAUUCUGAGAAACUUAAUUGUUCUUGAUCUGUCAGGGUGCUUAAUUCGUGAUAAGUGGAUCGGUUGGAGCUCGAUCGAGUUCGGGUCAAAGCUCAAAGUUCUCAGUCUCAAAAAGUGCCGAAUAAGGAGAACUCCUGACUUCUCUGCAUUCCUGAGCUUAGAGAGCUUGAUUCUCGAGUCCUGCGAGCUGUUGUCUUGGGUUGAUCCAUCAAUAGGGCUACUAAAGAAUCUGAUCCUUUUAAAUUUGAGGAAAUGUCGGAGCCUGGAGAAGUUGCCAGAAGAAUUGGGCUCCAUGGAGUCACUGGUCGAGUUUCUCAUUGAUGAAACAAGGGUCGCAGAAGUACCAAUAUCGAGAGGUAUGAAGAAGCUCGAAGUUUUAUCGGCUAAUAGUUGUAGAAAUCUCCGUGAAAUUCCAGCAUCUAUCGGAUCCCUCGAGAAUCUGAGGAGACUCUCGUUAUCACGUAGCGGGAUAGAGGAACUCCCAAACUCCUUUGGGCAGUUAACCUCAUUGGUUGAACUGAUCUUGACGGAAACUAACAUCGGAAGAUUGCCAGAUUUCGUUGGAGAUCUACAUGAUUUGGAAUUACUCAAGAUUGAUAACACAUAUGUCUCUUGUUUGCCGGGUAACCUGGGAAGCUUAAAGAAGCUCAAAGUGCUCGAUGCCUCGUCUCCAAAGUGGGGAGUAGGAGACCAAAUAAUUUCCGAUGAAAUUUUGAGUCUAUCCUCUAUGAGAGUCCUGAAACUUAGCAGGGUAAAGAGCCUUCCGGCGGGUAUGAGCACUCUCUCAUGCCUGGAGACUCUUCAUUUGGGUCACUGCCAGAAUCUUCAGACCCUCCCGGAGCUUCCCUCCAGCUUAACCAGUCUAGUAGUCCCAGACUUGUCAAAGCUGACUUCCGUGAACCUCGCAAACUUGGUUAAUCUAAAAGAACUGCAUUUGUCCGAGGGUUCUGAGCUCGAGGAGCUGGAAAGCGUCUCUUGCCUAAGGAAACUCGAGAAAAUGACUUUGUCCUACUUGAAGAUGUCUACCAUACAGGAAGAGAUAGGUGCAUCUCUCCGUCGUCUUAAAGAGCUUGAUAUUCAUCAUUGCCACGUACUUAAAAGCCUCCCCAUGCUUCCCUCAAGUCUGUCAGCUUUGAGAAUUGGGAACUGCAACUCACUUGAGAAAUUGCCAGACAUUUCAAACUUGAAGAAUUUGUCGAUAUUAUGUGUUUUUGAUUGCCCCAAGCUCAGUGAAAUCGAAGGCCUUGGCAAUCUCCUGCCCCUGAGGGAACUGGUUACAGAUGGCUGCCCUUUAACGAAGCUGGACGAUCUCGAGAGGCUCAAGUCUCUAGCUGCUUUGUCCAUUGCUCGGUCUGAAGUUGAAAGACUUCCCGACUUAUCCAUGUUGAAGAACUUGAAGUCCCUAAAUGUAGCGUACUGCAGAAAGCUAGCUGAGAUACGAGGUCUCAGCCGUUUGCACAACCUCAAAUGGGUAUUUAUAGACAGCUGUGUGUCGCUCGAUCGCUUGCCCGAACUACCAUACUCUAUGGAGAAGUUGUACCUUAGAGGUUGCGAGCAAUUUAGAGAAAUUGAGGCAGUUGCGGAAUUGGAUUUACUGCAGGUGUUGGAUAUAAGUGGGUGCAAAUCGCUCAGGAAGUUACCCAACCUAUCGAAGCUGCAAAGGCUGGAGAGCAUCGUAAUGAAAGAGUGCGAAAACGUCACGGAAAUUCCGGGACUCGAGGAGCUAAGUAAUCUGCGGAGGUUGAGCAUCUUUGGAUGCUGGGCACUUAAGCUGCCCGAUCUUUCAAAGCAGCAGGAUCAUGGCCUGCAGAUAUAUAAGAACCAGUUUGGAAGUAUCUUUGACCGAUUUCUUUGAGUUUCUGAUGUUCUUAUUCAGAUCGACGUCAGUGUGUGUAUAUACAUAUAUGUAUGUACGUGUCAGAGACGUUGAGUUGGAAAAUUAAUUCAAACUCCCCAAAAGUUCUUAAUCAUAUUAUAUUUUGCUUGAA